AUGACCUUGCAUUGGGCAUUGCUUUGCCUCAUCUUCUCUCCUCUGGCACUGGCUUCCGAAUAUGGCUUGCCCAAGUUUAUCUGCAGCCCUAUGCCUCUGGACAUGGAUAAUGGCUGCCAGUCAGCCAGUCAGCAGCGACAUGGAGCAGGAGCUAAUAGUGGGAGUAAUGGACACUGGGUAGGGACUCUUGAGGAAGCCAAGGAAACAAUCUUGCAUCUGCGGGAGACGGUGGUGCACCAGAAGGAGACGAUCCUGGAUCAGAGGGAGACGGUGCGGGAGUUGACAGCAAAGUUGAGCCGCUGUGAAUCCCAUUCCCGGAGGCACCCCGGGGAGCACCAUGGUGGUCACCAUGAAGAGAAUCACAGCCAUGUCCAUAGCCAUCAUGAGGGAAUCCAUGGCCAUCGAAGUCAUCAUGAGGGUGGGCAUCGGGCCCACCAUGAAGAUGGUCACAGGACACAUCAUGAAAAUGGACAUCAGGGCCACCAUGAGGAUGGUCAUAGGGGACACCAUGAGGAUGGCCACCGAGAUCCCCAUGAAGGCAUCCAUGCCCGGGAGAAUGAGUACCACCAUUUUGGACAACGGGAGCACCAUGAACUACAGGUGGGACAUAACACCCAUGAUGCCUUUCGCAAGGCAGCUGCAGCUGCAAACACCAUGGAGGAUCCACCCAAGGAGACAUCUGCAGGGGUGCACCAGAUGGAGAGAAUGCUGGAAUCACUCAAGGAGCGACUGGAGCAUCUACAGCACAAUCGGAAUGGCUCUGUCUUCUCCACAUCCCUGCGGGACGCUCUUCAGAAGAAGAUAAGCCUCUUGGAGCAUCAGAUCCAUGAGAAAUUAAACAUGUCUGAAAACCACACACAUGGCGUGCCAACAGCAGUGGGGCUGAGGCACAAACAUGUUUCUCCUGGACACAGUGUUGAGAAAGCUCAGUUCCACAUCUCUGAUCCCCUCUGUCCUCCAGGGCACAAAGUGGAGAAGCACUCUGAGGAUUUCCGUGUGGGCUUUCCCCUCCGCACCAACUAUAUGUAUGUCAAAGUCAAGCGCACCCUCCAUCAUGAGAUUUUUGCCUUCUCCAUCUGCCUCUGGCUCAAAUCAAGUUCAGCACCAGGGAUGGGUACCCCCUUCUCGUACUCGGUACCAGGCCAGGCCAAUGAAGUGGUGCUCAUUGAGUGGGGAAAUAACCCUAUGGAACUGCUCAUCAACGACAAGGCCGCCACAUUGCCACUGGCCAUUAAUGAUGCUAAGUGGCACCACAUCUGUGUGACAUGGUCAACCCGGGAUGGUAUUUGGGAGUCGUACCAGGAUGGGGUCCGAAGAGGGAGCGGGGAGAACUUGGCUCCCUGGCAUCCAGUGAAACCUGGGGGUGUUUUCGUACUGGGCCAGGAGCAGGACACUCUUGGUGGCCGCUUUGAUGCCACUCAAGCCUUCAUUGGAGAAAUCUCAGAUUUCAACAUGUGGAGCCACAUCUUGACGCCGGGUGAGGUUUACAAGAUGGCGACCUGCACUAGCUAUGCUGGCGGUGACCUCAUCAACUGGGCUGAAGCCUCCAUGGAGCUUCACGGGGGAGUGGUCAAGCUACCAUUUAAUGCCUGCCACUGA